UGAGAGGACUAUUCGUCAUUAUAAAUACCAACCAGAUUUCUCCCAUCCCCUCCAUUUCUUUUCCUUUUUCCUCUCUCCUCUUUUUUUUGUAUCCUCAUCUCGUCUUUUAUUCUUCAAAAAAUAAUUUUGUUCUUGGUUAUAUUCCAAUCAUCAUUAAAUCAUUUCUAUUUUGGAACCCAGACUCUUACACACAAACAAGACGCUUGAAAUAAAAAAAGGCAUUCGAUAUGGUUAUUACAGACGCCGACGCCAGCGACAAAUGGGGAGAUAAUGCACGGCUUUGGAUUGCAGACUCAUACAUAGCUGUGGUCCCUGGUGUCAUUUUGCUCGCAUACAUUCUCAUUACAUCUCUUUUUGGAUUCCUUCAUCGGCGAUUCUCUGCCGUUCACAGACUGCCCAUUGGCUCCAGUUUUAAUGGAAAUUACGCCUUAGACAUUGAGCGCCAAAACCUGCUGCAUUCCCCAAGAACUGAAGAACAUAACAUGCCAUUCUGCCUAUCCAACAGCGCAUCAGAAUCCACAUUUGCAUCCACCGAAGACGACAACGACAACGACAACGACAUCAUCCACCGGACGUCCACCGUGACUAAAAACAUCGCACACAGCAAAAAAAACAAAAAGACAAAGGGCAAAAAGGCCCACGCGACAGAGGACAACAGCGAGAGCAGCAAAAUAGGAUUGCGUGGCGAGAUAUUAAGUCAAAUAUGUAACCUCCUCGUAUGGCUUUUGGUGGCCGAAUGUCUCGUCCACACCAUGCUUGAUUUCGCAUUAAGGCAAGAGUUAGUUCGUCGUAGACAGAGCUCCAUGGCUAUCACGCUGGUCUCAUGGCUUGCCUUUGCCCAAAUCUGCACGGCUACAUCAUGGAUACUGCAGCUGAGACAUAAGUACCUGGCCUGCGACAAAUUUAGCUCUGUCCUUUCAAGUGCUGCUGCUGGUAGUGCUUUUUCGUGGACGGCAUCGCGGGAGUUUUUUUGGUUGUUUUCGCUCCUGGUUUCUGUAUGCGAGCUCUUUGUUUACGUUAAUUGCGAUUCGUCCUGGGGCGCUGAUUCCGGGGUAACGCCGGCGACAAAAAACGUUAUGCUGUGGUCGUUGAUCUCCGUCCGUAUUAUGCUCAAUACCAUUUUGGUGGCGUGCGCAGCUUACAGAAUGCGGCUUUGCAACAAGUACCAGCAUGCGGUUGCCCUGCAGCGGCAGCAGCAGAAGAGGAAUACUGGUGAGUCGCGGUUGCCAGUCAAUCCCAACGUUGGCCCCACGAUUACUUCUUCGAAUACGGGUUUUGGCGGGGGAGUGUAUGGCGCAAUUGAUUCUGAUCCGUCCAGCCCUGAGACCGGCAGCAGCUCCCCAAGCGCCAACGGCAACAACGGUAUGCAGUCACCGACCGAGUUCACACCACUUGUGCCACCGACUUUUGCCCGCGGCAACAACACCAUGAUGGAUGAUUCAGAGAACCAGACCGAGGCCUUGCGUAGCGGGGCGAAGAAGGCGCGCAUGUACCACCAGUCCAACGACUACAGCCCCAACAUGAUGAGCAUGCGGCGGAGAAUCAACAUUCUUUUGCCCUUCAUGUGGCCGUCCAACAACCUUCUGUUGCAGCUCCGCCUGGUCGGCUGCAUCUUGAUCCUGGCCGCCGGACGCCUGGUCAAUGUGCUUGUUCCGAUGCAAUUCAAGAUCGUCGUUGAUUCCCUGGCGCCCAAGGAUGGCACCCCAGCGCAGUUCGCCUGGGUACAUGUCCUGUUGUACGUUGUUUUGCGCGCAAUGCAGGGCAGCGAGGGCAUUCUAAACACAAUGCAGAGCUAUGUGUGGAUCCCUGUUGGCCAGAACACGACGAAGAGUAUUUCUGUGGCAAUGUUCGAGCAUAUGCACCGGCUGUCUUUGCGGUUCCAUGUGGGGCGGAAGACUGGCGAGAUCCUGCGCGUGCAGGAUCGCGGCGUCACCUCUGUUGUGUCCCUGCUAACAUCCAUUGUGUUUAACGUGAUCCCGACGUUGGCAGAUAUUGUGCUCGCCUGUUAUUUCUUCUCCGUCAUGUUUGACCUGUACUUUGGCACCAUUGUAUUGACCACAAUGUCCAUGUUCAUGGCGGUCACUAUUCUCUUGGUCGGCUGGCGCACGGAGUACCGGCGCUUGGCAAACUACCUGGAUCACGAGAUGGAGGCGCGCACGGUUGAUUCGCUGACGAACUUUGAAACGGUCAAGUAUUACAACGCGGAGAAGUUCGAGGUCAAGGAGUAUAUCAAGGCCAUUGACGAGUACCAGGUGGCUGAGUGGCUGAGCACGACAACAGCGAACCUGAUGAACUUGGGCCAGAACCUCAUUGUGCAGCUGGGCCUUUUGGCCGGCGCCCUGCUUAGCGCCCACCGCGUGUACGAGGGCGAGAUGACUGUUGGUGACUUUGCCAUGCUCCUGGCGUACAUUACGCAGCUCUACGGCCCACUGACUUGGUUCGGCACUUACUACCGUGUGAUCCAAAAGAACUUUAUCGACAUGGAGAAGCUGCUCGAGCUCUUUGACGAGCCCAUCGAGGUCAAGGACCCGGAAGUCCCCGCCCCGCUCAACGUGCCCAACGGCGAGAUCGUCUUUGACAACGUUUCGUUCUCCUACGACCGGCAGCUGACGCUCAAAAACGUGUCGUUCAAGGUGCCCGCCGGCUCCACAGUGGCCAUUGUCGGCCCGUCCGGCAGCGGCAAGAGCACAAUACUGCGGCUGCUUUUCCGGUUCUACGAUGUGCAGGCUGGCCGCAUUCUCAUUGACGGCCAGGAUAUCCGCGGCGUCCUGCAGACCCAGCUACGCCAGGCCAUCGGCGUCGUGCCCCAAGACACUGUUCUCUUCAACGACUCCAUCCGAUACAACAUUGCCUACGGCCGCGCAGGCACCAACGGUGGCGUAACCAUGACCGACGUCACCGGAGCUGCUGACGGCGCGCACAUCCAUGAUCGCAUUAUGGGGUUCCCAGACCAAUACGAGACGCGCGUAGGUGAACGCGGCCAGCGUCUGUCGGGCGGCGAGAAGCAGCGCGUGGCCAUUGCACGCACGCUAUUGAAGGACCCGCGAAUUGUCUGUUUGGACGAGGCCACCAGUGCAUUGGAUACGACGACGGAGCGAAAUAUCCAGACAUCCCUGCGCGAUAUGACGCAGAACCGCACGACACUGAUCAUUGCUCAUCGCCUGUCGACUAUCAUCCACGCCGAUCAGAUUCUUAUUGUGAAGGAUGGAGAGAUUGUUGAGCGCGGUACGCAUGCUGAGCUGAUUGCUGAUUCGAGCUCGCUUUACUAUGAUAUGUGGAUGAAGCAGCUGACGGAUGCCGUUAAUGCGUCGUAUGAUCCGAUUUUGGAUCCUGCUAAUAGCCAAGGCGCGGAUGUGUCAGCUGAGCUGCCCUCGGGGAGAUUCCAGGCCCUCAGUCACCCACUGAGUGCCAUUAUUGGCGGCAGCAGCAGUGGCGGCAACAGAAGCAAUGUUGGUGGGAUGGUUGGAAGGCCCCAAGCAUGGUCGCCCUACGGACCGAUAGUAGUGGCGGCGCCGUUGCCUGAACAGAACAUGUCUCUUCGCCAGCAGGGGAACAGCAUAAUGCACAUAAACUCGAUAUCGCCUCCAGUCACAUCGUUGUCAUCGCUUUCGGGAAAUGACUCUAAUGGGAUGGGCAUGUCGCAGUACGAAGAGUCGUAUUUGCCAUCUAACCGCAAUCCCAAGCAGAAGGGCAACAGUGGCAGAAUGUGAGAGAGAGAGAGUAAGUGAGAGAGUAAGAGCGCGCAAGGGACAGGUUUCCCGCCCACUCAGCCCUCAGUCACUUGGCUGUCUAACUUUAUAUAUUUGACCAGCUUAAUAUUUUUUAUCAUCAUUAUUUCUUCGUUCAAAAAAAUUUGCAUUUGUUACUAUUAUCAAUAUUUAAAUGGUCAUGUUUAACUGGCACUUGCAUUGGUCACUCGUGUAUUAUUUUUCAAAUAAUAGAGUGAAAGAUAAAUUAGCAAGGAUGUUCAAUGCACGUGCGUGGUCCCCGCAAGCGGUCUGUAAAUUUUACUUUGGGCUGGCAGCUGCAGU